AUGGCGCGCACAGCACUUCUCCUCGCGGCUGGGUCGGCCGGCAAGAGUGUGAUUCCCAUCAUGGACUGGAGCUUGGACUAUGGCUACUGCAAGGCCGCCGCGCCGUGGCUGCGGCGCGAGCAGCUCGAGCCUGUGUCUGCCGAGGUCGGCGACAUCAUUGAUGUGCGGUACGCCGCCGCGGGCGCCAUGAGCGGCCACGACGUGCGCAAGUACCCGGACGAAGAAUCGUGGUUGGCCUGCGACGAGAGCAAGUCCACGCUGCUCACGACAGCCGAGGAGGACGGCGGCGGCUGCGCGACGAGCCACGACUUCUUCUGCCUGGCCUCGACGCCGGGCAAGCAGAUCGAGGUCACAGAAGCCGAUAAAGCCGCGGGCGGUCUGUGGCUGGCGUGUUCCCGGUCGCACUGUCUGGGCGGCGUCAAGCUCGCCGUGAAUAUUGUAAGUGAACGCGUCGCGGAGCGCGCGUCCGGCGCGCGGAAGAUCGUGGUGCCGGCGUGGACGGACGAUUUUGGCUUCUGUGAAAGCAUGGGAGCCCGCUUCGACGACGGCGUGCACCGGCCCCACGGCCUGACGUCGAUCUGGGCCUUCGAGGGCGAUAGUUUGAUGUGGAAGUACAGUUCGCACCACAACGUCUGGCGUGCGCCGGACUACGCGGCGUCGCGCCACUGCGAGAUGAAAAAAAUGACCGAGGUCUCCGGCCGGGACGCGGGCGGCGGGUGUGGCAAGGAUGAUUCCUUGGGGCCGUGGGGGAGCCGGGCGGGCCGGGCGUGGGUCAACUUUGCGCCGAUAAGCGGCUAUAAUGAAGAUGCUGCGAAUAUCAAGGCGGUGGAUGAUAGUACGGGCGGAGGCGCUGGCCUAACGCUGAGCGAGGACGACGGGGCGCUGCGGAUCCGCGGCGACCUCACGGACGCCAUCGAGAACGGCGAAAUCCACCUGCACGAGGGCCACUCGUGCGCCGACCCGGGCGACCACUAUUCCAAGGACUACGCCGGCGCCCCGGGUCGGGCGCCGUGGACGACGCCUUCGCCGACGCCGGUGCCGCGGGACAUAUGGAAGGACGGCGGGGUGACGGGCACUACGUGGACGGCUCAGGGUAAUAUGGCGCCGAUCGACGUCGAGGUCCCGGCGGAAUUCGGCUUGAGCUUGGCGGAUGCCGUCGGUCGCGUCGUGGUCGUGCACGACGCCGCCGGCGAGAAGGCGGUCUGUGGAAUAGUUCAGUACGAGAAGCCCGCUGGAGACGCCUGGGUCGGCGACACCUGCAUUAAGGACUCAUCAGGUUAUGAAUAUGUGCUCUCGCUCGAAGACCCCGACGCGGUCUUGGUACGAGAUCAGCCAACGCAGUCGUGGGUAGGUGAUGGCAACUCCGGGGCAGAUGAGUUGUUCGAGGCGGUGUGGAAAUCAAAAUUUUACGGCGCGUUCGCGCUGAAUCAUCGUGUCGUCUUCCACGCCAUCGACGCGACGCCUGCUCGAUGGCGUGGCGAUGCCGGUUCCUCGCCGCUCGACGGAGCCAGCACGACCGCGUCCUCGCCGAGAAAUGACUUAGUGAAGAAUUAUCGUGCACCCGACUCACUGGUUGAUUUCCACACAGGUUCGAGGCACACACGGCCUUGAGCGGCGCCGUAAACAUCCACUUCGUCUGCCAGGUCGGGGACCACUGCCAGAACGGCCAGCGCGUCACGGUCUACGUCCUGCCGCGGCCCGGCGCGGCGCCGGGCGACGACGACGACGGCGAGUUCGAGGACCCCGUGGAGGCCGCGACUUUAUCAUUGCUCAUCAUUAUCAUAUUGGCGCUCGGCGCGGCGUUCAGCUACGUGUACUUCGUCGAGCUGCCGCGCUACAAGGCGUCGGCACAGCUCGAGCUCACGCCGGGCAGCUCGCGCAAUCAGAUGAUAUAA